AUGAAUGUGCUAUCAUUGAAUAUUCGCGGGUUAGGGAAUUUAGGCAAGGCGGAUUGGGUGCGUCGGCUUCGGGCGCAACAUGAGGUUAGUUUUAUUCUCUUACAGGAAUCUCAGUAUGGUUCUUUGGAUGCGGGGAAUCUUGGGCGUUUUUGGGGGUUUGGGGAUUUUAGUUAUGAUUGGGUUCCCUCUACUGGUAGAUCCGGUGGUCUGGUGUCGAUGUGGGAUCCUAAAGUCUUCGUUAUGGAUAGGGUUGUUAAAAAUUCCAACUGGAUUCUUGUUUCUGGUGUGGUUAAAGGGUGUGGGCGUCCGGUUCACGUGCUUAAUGUGUAUGCUCCGCAGAAUAUUGUGGCUAAACGUGCUCUGUGGGCUGAGAUUAGUGGGUUACUGGGUGAGGGGGAAGGUAGGUGGAUAGUGGCGGGGGACUUUAAUUCGGUUAGAUCAGUGGAAGAUAGACGGAAUUCUAAUUUUAACUUGGUUGAGGCAAAUGAGUUUAAUGAUUUUAUUGACGCUUCGGAUUUGCAUGAGUACUCCUUGAAAGGGAGGCGUUUCACCUUUGUUGCAGGCAAUAAGUUAAGUCGUAUUGAUAGAAUUUUUGUCAAUUGGGAGUUCUUUAUGGAGUGGCCUUGUGCUCAGUAUUUAGCUCUGGAGAGGUAUAAAUCGGAUCACAGUCCUUUAUUGUUGAAGACGGGGUCUAGGAACUUCGGUCCCAAACCGUUCCGGUUCUUUAAUUCUUGGCUUGGUCGGGAGGAUUUUGGUCGGGUUGUCAGUAGAUCGUUGGUUGAAGCUAUGGUCACUGGUCAUCCCGAUUCGAAAUUAUUGAUGAAAUUUAAAAUCUUGCGCAAUAACAUUGGUAUUUGGGCUUCUGAAUGUAAAGCGAAAGAGUUGGAGGAGAGGAGGUUGUUGGAGCGAGAGUUACGUGAUUUAGACAAUGCUUUGGAGGUUAGAUCUUUAUCAGAGGAGGAGGUAUGGUCUCUGGCAGAGAUUAAACGGCGACUUGGUGAACUUGAUGAUUUUUAUUAUCGAGACUUGAAACAGAAGGCUCGGUGUAAUUGGGCCAUUCACGGGGAUGACAAUUCGAGAUACUUUCAUGGUUUUAUUAAUAAGCGUAAGGCUUCUAAUCAUCUUCCUGGGAUGGAGGUCAAUGGGAGGUGGGAAACGAGUCCGGUUAUCAUUAAAAGGGAGGUUAUGGGUUUUUUUUCGGGAUAA